AUGGCUGGCACACGUGGGGAAAAGGUCACCAUGCAGGAGCAUAUGGCUAUCAACGUGAGCCCAGGCCCUAUCCGCCCCAUCCGCCAGAUCUCCGACUACUUCCCACAUUUCUACCCCUUUGCUCCUGCCCUGCUCCGGCCCCGGCCAGCUCCUCUGCCUGCACUCCCCAGUGGGCCAGCCCCAGAGACAUGCCUGGAGGAGGAGCAGGAUGGAGACUCAGAUGAGACCACUGCCCUGGGCUCCCUUGAAUUCACCCUCCUCUUGGACCAGCAGAACUCUGUCUUGCACUGCACGAUCCAUCGGGCCAAGGGUCUGAAACCCUUGGACUCGGGCUCCAUCGACACCUUCGUGAAGGCAAAUCUGUUGCCAGGAAUGAGCAAGGCAAGUCAGCUGCGUACCCGAACAGUGCGGGGCAGCCGGGGGCCACACUGGGACGAAACACUUACCUAUCAUGGCUUCACCUGCCAGGAUGCCGGACGCAAGACUCUGCGGCUGUGUGUGUGUGAGGAGUCCCGCCUGCGGAGGCGGGCGGAGCCCCUGGGCGAGCUGCGAGUGCCCCUGAAGAAGCUGGUGCCCAACCUGAGCCGGAGCUUCAACAUCUGCCUGGAGAAGAGGCGCCUGACCAAGAGGCCCAGCAGCCUGGACACUGCCCGGGGCAUGUCCCUGUAUGAGGAGGAGGAGGUGGAGGUGGCUGGAGAGGAGCGGGGCCGGAUCCUGCUGUCGCUCUGCUACAGCUCCCAGAGGGGCGGCCUGCUGGUCGGGGUCUUACGCUGCGCCCACCUUGCCGCCAUGGAUGCCAACGGGUAUUCGGACCCUUUUGUGCGUAUCUUCCUCCGACCAAACGUGGGUAAGAAGUCCAAAUACAAGACGACCGUCCGGAAGAAGACCCUGAAUCCCGAGUUCAAUGAGGAAUUCUUUUACGCGGGGCAGAGGGAAGAGCUUGCCCAGAAGACCCUGCUGGUGUCCGUGUGGGACUAUGACCUGGGCACGGCUGAUGACUUCAUUGGCGGGCUGCAGCUGAGCAUCAACUCCACCGGGGAGAAGCUUCGGCACUGGCGCGAGUGCCUGGCCCGCAGUGACCGGCGCCUAGAGCUAUGGCACCCACUGGAUGGAGCCCCUCCCCAGCUUGGCGACUAGGAGGGGCGAGCCUGAAAAGAACCCCCUGCAUGGACUCUCUGGGGGAGCACAAAGUGG